UUUAGUUUGUGUAAUAAAUAAAUAAAGUUUAUAAAAGCACAAACUGGAAAAAAUGGAGCUCGGACCAACAACCACAAGUCUGGCCCAAAAAGGCAAGAUGAGGGCGAAUGGAUUCGUGGGCUGGGCUGACUUUGUCACGACAAACGCUGGGAAGUCGAGAGAGCGCGGCCCGGCAGCUCGCGGGCGGGGAUCGUUGGUCGGGGCGGCCGGCCGCCGGCGUCCACCGUCGGGGCUCGGGCUCGGGGCGACGCGGGUCCUAGUCCUCCUCCGGUGGCGGAGGCGGCUCCGCGCCCAGCUAGCGGUUAGCCUCCUCACUCACACCGCCCACGAGCGAGUAGAGUAGUUGUGCAGCUGGGGAUUCGAUGGCCGCUUCUGUACGAGCUGGGCGCGCGGGGUGCCAGCGGCGGCGGCACGCUUGCCGGCCUGCGCUUCCACCGCGAGUGGGAAACGACGGCUUGCUGCGGCGGCGAGCACCGACUGCGCAAUCGGUGUUUAUUUAUUGGAUUGGAUUGGACAAGUUGCGGAUUUUUCACCAAAUUUCUGCGGUGGUGUGGAUAGGCAAUAGGCCCCGCCUGUCACACACAUUGUGACUGCCCAUGUCUGAAACGAAGCCGACCUCUGAGUCAAGUUGGUCUAACUUCUACGAAAAAUCUACUAAUGGGACGAAUGGCAGAGUCAAACUAUUCGGCUCAGAUUUUUAAGAUCCAGAUGUGGACUCCUCCACCCCUCAAGGGCCAAGCUCACUCUGAUUGCUUGCUUGGUCUGCACACUGCUGGUUGAUACUCUCCUCAGUUCUCCACAGCUCCAAGUCCAGAAUGUCCUCGCCGCCACCGGAGCCGUGUUCUGGUUUCGGAACACCAAACUUCCCCUUUCAGGCCAACUCGCAAGGGACAAGUGGUGAGUCCAGGAUGCCAGGUUAUCAUUUCUUCAAGCAGGCUACCGGUGAAUUUGGCAAGGGCCAAUUUGGAAAAGUUUACAAGGCAUAUCUUCCAACCGGGGAAGUGAUCGCCGUGAAGCUGCUCCAUCAGAUGUCAAAGUUUGAUGACGAGCAAUUCUCACAUCAUUGUACACAACUUAUGAGCACCAACCAUAAGAAUCUUGUGAGACUAUUGGGCUAUUCCUACGGAGAACAUGAAGAAUCACAUCUGUACGAUGGGAGAGUAAUACGCGGUGUAUACAAACGCAGGUUAAUCGGCUUCGAGUAUGUACCCGGCGGAAGUCUUGCCAAUUUUCUUUCAGAACAACAUCUCGGAUGGAGUAUACGCUUCAAAAUAAUAAAGGAGAUCUGUGAGGGUUUACAAUACCUUCAGGAAGCUGGCAUUGUGCACUUUAAUCUCAACCCAGGUAAUAUAUUGCUAGACAAUGGAAAGAUACCAAAAAUCACAGAGUUUGGUUUAUAUGAGAUGUUCAAGGCAGUAAACGACGGAGCCACAGUUACUCGAGGGUGUACUUACAGAUUGAGAUAUAUGGCACCAGAAAUAUAUUGCUAUGGAAAAAUGUCAGAACGGUCUGACAUCUUUAGCUUGGGCGCUCUAAUUAAAAGUAUAAUGGCUGGAACUACAGACUCGAGCAUUCAUCACAUGGAUGGUCCUAAAUGUGUUGAGCAUGUACACAAAAGCUGGAGGAAAAGGCUACAAGAGAUAAGGAGGUAUCGCUCAUUUGAAGCAGAUUGCCAGCAAGUGAGCACUUGUAUCGGAAUCGCAGUAGCCUGCAUGCACAGAGACCCAGGUGAAAGGCCACUGAUGAAGGAUAUUGUUCGUAAACUAUAUGAAGUAGAAACUAGGGAAGAUUACCUGUCGUCGCGGGUAGAACAGGCUGUUCAUGAUUAUGAAGUCAGGAGAAUAUCAUUCCAAGAGAUGGAACACGUCACGAGUAAUUUCUCUCAAAAACUUGGUCAUGAUGGCUUAGGUGCUGUUUAUAAGGGAAAGCUUGAAGAUGGGGAAGUGAUAGCUGUGAAGAGAUUCGAUGAGAGACUAAGAAAACUAGAGGAGCAGUUUGAGCGAGUGGUGAAUCUUAUGAAACUCAGACACAAAAAUAUAGUACGAUUAACGGGCUACUGCUACGAACCAACAAAAGUACCAGUUCCUGAUGACAAGAAUCCAGAACUGUACAUAUGGUGGGAUGUUAUAGAGAAUUUGCUCUGUUAUGAGUUUUUGCCAAAUGGAAGUCUGGACAUGAUAUUAAAUGAUAAAUCUUGCGAACUCGAUUGGCAAACUCGUCACAAAAUAAUACAUGGCAUUUGUGAGGGAUUGCAUCACCUUCACGUGGAAUGCCAGGAUGCCCCCCUUGUCCAUGAGGGUUUUAAACCUGCCAAUGUUUUGCUAGAUAAUGGCAUGGUCCCGAAGCUAGCGGAUUUCUGCACUUCAAUGGCUGUCACACCAAGAGGGUACAUAGCACCAGAGGUCAUGGACACCGGUAAAGUUACAGUCAAGUCAAAUAUGUACAGUUUGGGUGUUCUGAUAAUAGAGAUCGCAACCGGAGACAGGUGUCCUUGCGACGAAUCAUCAGGCCGGUAAUAUAUUGAGAAUGCGGUAAAAACUUGGAUGCAAGGUUCCAAUGUCGAAUUGAAGUACCCAUCACUUGAAGCGGGUUUCAUCCAACAAGUGGAGUGUUGGAUCAACAUUGGGCUGAAUUGUGUGGAUAUCCAACCCGAAAGAAGGCCUACAAUUGGGCAAAUAAUGCAUUUCCUUGAGACUGAAUCUGCCAGCCAGAGUAUUACCACUACGGAGAAUUCAUCCUGUCUUCUGAGAGCAGCAUCACAGCAUGGUCUUCUUCAGAAAUGCGUGAUCAAGCAAAUGAACUGAAGGCCCUGGAGAGCAUGUUAAGUGAUGCAAGUGCAGAGCCAACAAAGCUAUCAUAUGCACUUUUAAAAUCAGUUACAAGAAAUUUUUCUCGAAUGAUCGAGCGUGGUGGGUUUGGAGCUGUUUACCUGGUAUAUACUUUGUUUCUGAUCAUCUCUCAAAUCACAAUUUUUCAUAUGUUACCCCAUUGAAGUGAAAUGUUCAUGUCAAUGCUAACAUGUACGGUGAGUGAAAACAGGGAAUUCUUCCAAAAGGAAAAGUUGCGGUGAAGAAGCUCUCUAUAUUGCAGGAUUUAUCUAAUAAUGCAUUUGUGGACGAGAUUGUAUGUUUGAAAAAGGCACAUCAUAGUAAUGUAGUCAGACUUCUAGGCUAUUGUGCACUUGCACACGGUGAACUGAUGGAAGUGAAUGGAACACAUGUGAUAGCACAGGAAACACAAAGGUUACUCUGCUUUGAGUAUGUUCCUAAUGGAGACCUUCAGAAUUAUAUUAAAGGUAUAAUACUUGCAACAUCA